GUGCGGCCAUGGAUUGGGGUUUUGUUCGAUUUUGUGGUGUUGUGUCGCGUCGCUGUUUCGCCAAAACCAGCUCAUGAUUUCGUGCCCGAUUUCUGAUUCUAGUCGGACUGUGGAGUACAACCAAACCAAAGCAGGGUUCUACUCGAAUUGUUGAGUCCAGUUGGAGGAGACUUUGUCCGUCUUUUUUUUUUGAGGGAGACUUUGUCCGUCUUGGUAUACUGUUGCUCCGGGAUUCCGCACCAAUAAAGCAGGCACCUCCCUGUUGUAUUUGUGGGGGGAACACCUUUGCUUGCACUUCUAGGAUUUGCCCUUCUUUUCAUUGACAUCGAUUUUUUGCCAUACCUUCGCUAAAACUUUGAUGACUUGCCCUUUCUACCUGGUUUGAGAUUACACUACAAAUUUGAUGACCCAAAUGCCCUUCUUCCUUAUAUGUUCGUCCCGCAGCCCACUUGCUGUCAUGCUAUGCUGUUGCUGCUCCUCUUUCCAUACUCCAAUGCCAAGCCACUGCUGCUCCUCCCCGCAUGCCAUGGUGCGGGCUACGAGCUGAUGCUGCUUCUCCUCUCCCCAUGUCCUCCUCCCUCCUCUACAACAAACGUGCUCGAGGCGCAGCUCAGGCGUUCGUCCAUGGGCAAGAUUCUCGGGCGAAGCGCAACACCCGUAGACCAGUCGAGCUCUCGGAGGAAGGCGCCGCACUUCCUGCACCGGUCACCCUGCCUUGACAGUGCGGACCGUGUUGUCCGCCACGAGCACCAAUAGACGCGUGUGCAUCUCCACGGGCACGUGGCCACCGCCGCCGCCGCCAUGCCGGCCUCGCCGAGCAUCUCUAGCGAGCUCCCCACGAAAGGACCAAGGGAUCAUGCCAGAUGUGGCGCGCGGAGGGUGCCGUCCAUGGUCCGAGACUCCGAGCCCGGGGACGUGGUGGCUGUACAUGGCGAGCUCGGCGACGGGAGCGAGCUCGGACCAGGACGUCCUUCUCCAUGCAUGCGGCAGUAGAAGCAGCAACAGCAGGGCGCCCAGGUGCUAGACGAAAACAUGUUUUAGAGCAUAUGCACCCGGGUACUCCUUAUCCAACUACUCAUUCCUGCAUCACGAUUCGUGCAAAUAAUUUUCUCUUUUUUGUUUCUCUCAUAUAGAACAUGUAUUUGUACUUCAACUUUGCAGCACAACAAAGCUUUCUAUGUAGAAUGUGGGAUAAAACUUACAGAUUUUUUGGUCCAACAUAAAUAUACAAAAUGAGAUUUAUUUGAUUAAAAAAUCUUAUUUUUCAUAUUUAUGUCGGACAAAAAAAUCUGAAAGUUUUAUCUCACAUUCUAGUUACAAAGUUAUGUUGUACUGCAAAGUUUGAAGUUCAAGACAUGUUUUAUAUGAGAGGAACAAAAAAGAGAAAAUUCCAUGUAAUAAGGUAGUUGUAUAGCACAGAUCUCAAAGCAACAUUGAAGUGUUAGAAUAGUGAGGCCCGGGUGCAUAAGCUCACAAAAUCUGCAUUCAGGUGCUAGAGCGAGCACGCACGCACACAACACACACAGAGCACUCAUGCAUACACGCACGCCCAGGCACACGCACGCCUAUCAGGCUAGCAACCAUCAGGCACGCCCAGGUACUAGAUCACGCACGUACACAACGCACAUAAGCACGCCAAGGCAGACAUCCGUUGGCUGUCCGCCUCGAGUGGCGCCGCCGCUCCCCAAGCAGGUGCUCCAUGAGCAGACCGGUGGCUGUAGGUCGAGCCCGGCCGCCGCGCGCUACCUCAUCGUUUCCUCAUCCAUUUUCCGCGUCGGGCGAGUAACAAGGCCGACGGGGGCAGAGCCAUGGCCACCUCCGCCGGAGCAACAACGGCGGCGGGAGCUCCAUCUCUGCCUCAUGUCUUCCCGCCCAGAGAUGUGCUCGGUCGGGGUGAACUGAGUAGGGCAGGGGUAGUUUCGACAUUUUACAGUGGGCCCAUCUUGUUAGGGGCAAAUCAUCAAAUUUUUGUCAAAGGUGUGGCAAAAGAUUAAUGUCAAUGAAAACAAGGGCAAAUCCUAGAAGUGCAAGCAAAGCGAUUGCCAUAUUUAGCUACGAGAUGGUGAAUCUAUCGCAGCAUCCUCUGCUGGCCUUGUCGUCGUCGUCGUCGUCUGCCUACGAACAUCAUAUACAAACAAAUCAUGGAUCUGUAUCUGUUGCAGUGUAUGGUGAUCAUGACAAGCCUGCUCUUGUUACUUGUCCAGAUGUUGCUUUAAAUUAUAUGUCUUGUUUCGAAGGAUUACUCUUCUGCCCUGAAGCUGCUUCACUGCUGCUUCACAAUUUUUGCAUUUACCAUAUCAGCCCCCCAGGACACGAGUUGGGAGCAGCUCCAAUUUCACCGAAAACACCUGUACCAUCUGUUGAUGACUUGGCGGAUCAGGUUGCGGAUGUUCUUGAUUUCUUUGGAUUAGGUUCUGUUAUGUGCUUAGGUGCCACUGCGGGUGCUUACAUUCUUACUCUCUUUGCAGCAAAGUGUAGGGAGCGUGUAUUAGGUCUUGUACUUGUUUCACCCCUAUGUAAAGCUCCCACAUGGACUGAGUGGUUUUAUAGUAAGGUGGAGUCAAAUUUGUUGUAUUACUAUGGGAUGUGUGGGUUGGUCAAGGAAAGCUUACUGCAGCGGUUCUUCAGCAAGGAAGUAAGGGGAUGCUCUGAGUCACCUGAAUCAGAUAUAGUGCAGGGUUGUAGAAGUUUGCUAGAUCAGCGGCAGAGCAUGAGCGUGUGGCGGUUUGUAGAGGCAAUGAACGGGAGAUAUGAUUUGACGGAAGGGCUGAAGCAGCUUCAGUGUAGAACCCUUAUUUUUGUUGGCAAGAAUUCUCAGUUCCACGUGGAGGCUGUUCACAUGACAGCAAAGCUCGAUAGGAGAUAUUGUGCUCUAGAUGAGGUGCAAGCAUGCGGGUCACUCGUGACGGAGGAGCAACCUCAUGCAAUGCUUAUACCGAUGGAGUACUUCUUCAUGGGGUACGGCCUCUACAAGCCAAGCGAGCUCGACUGCAGCCCGCGCAGCCCCCUGAGCCCAUUUUGUAUAUCGCCGGAGCUCCUUUCGCCUGAGAGCAUGGGAGUAAAGCUAAAGCCAAUCAAGACACGAGCGCGGCUUCAAGUGUAGAGCAAGUGAAUAAGGGCGGCAUAGGUCUUUGCCAUUUAGGGUGAAAUUUCUUGGCUAACAUGUGGAUCGGUGAGAUAUUUGUGUUACUACUGUUAUAUGUAGAUAAGAAAUGAUAGGUUGGGUAGGUUGGCGGUAUUCUAUUCCAUUCCAUUGAUUUUUAGCCUGUAAAUUGUUAUACUCCACUUGCUACAUUGUUGAUUAAAGCAAAAGGGAAAUAAUAGGGAAGGGUGAAUUGUUCCCUUUUUUUUCCGACAA